AAAUUUAUUUCUAGGAGUAAAAAGUAUGGGUAGUGGUAGUCGUGAUAGACGGACGUUGUUCGCAAUGGCGGUUGUUGCGGUGCUGGCGGCGGCGUCGAUUUGUGGGAAUGUGAAUGGGGAAAAGAAGAAAGUGUGCGACAAAGAUUGGGAGUGCAAAGGGUCGAUCUACUGCUGCAACAUAACCAUAUCGGACUUUUUCCAGGCGUACCAGUUCGAGAAUCUCUUCUCCAAGCGUAAUUCACCAGUGGCUCACGCCGAUGGGUUCUGGGAUUACCAAUCCUUCAUUACUGCCUCCACUCUCUUCCAACCCCUCGGCUUCGGCACCACCGGUGGGAAGCUGAUGCAGAUGAAGGAGGUCGCAGCGUUUCUUGGCCAUGUUGGCAGCCAAACGUCCUGUGGUUAUGGCGUCGCCACCGGUGGUCCCUUGGCCUGGGGGCUGUGCUACAACCACGAAAUGAGCCCAAGUCAGUCCUACUGCAAUCCCAACUAUCUCUUCCCCUGCUCUCCUGGAGUUGACUACUAUGGCCGAGGUGCUUUGCCUGUCUACUGGAACUACAACUAUGGAAUCAUCGGGGACGGUUUGAAGGUGGAUCUGCUGAACCAUCCGGAAUACUUGGAACAGAAUGCCACCCUAGCUUUCCAAGCUGCCAUGUGGAGGUGGAUGACUCCAAUGAAGAAGAAGCAACCCUCUGCCCACGACGUCUUUGUUGGAAACUGGAAGCUCACCAAGAAUGACACCUUGGCCAAGCGGAUGCCUGGUUUCGGAACCACCAUGAACAUUCUCUAUGGUGAUCAGGUGUGUGGUCAAGGGGACAUUGAUCCCAUGAAUAAUGUCAUCUCCCAUUACCUCUAUUACCUUGAUCUGCUUGGGAUUGGGCGAGAGCAAGCAGGAGGAAAUCUGACCUGUGCCGAACAAGUGGCUUUCAACCCUUCCUCUUCUUCUGCGACGUCAUAAGUUUGCAGAGUACGUCCUUUUUAAGUAUAGUGGUGUUAUCAAAACCCUAA